CCACAUAACUAAUUUAAUCUUUAGUUCCUUAAACCCGCCGUGGUAAGCUGACCGCUGGUCGAUCUGUAAAGUUGUGUAAACAAUCCUUUUGAAGCGGCCAGUCUAAAGUUGGUGUUCACCACGCGUGCACGUCAACGGAAAUACACAAUUCCAGGUUCCACCCGACUAUGGGAGCGUGACCUGUCAUCUCCAAGCGUCUACUCCACAAUCAUGGCUCGCCCUACGGUCCUCGUACUCGCCCUCGCGAUCAGCUGUGCGCUCGGCUUCAACGGAGACAACUUCGAGCUCGAGUGCCCUGACGAGUGCGACUGCCACUACUUCCGCAUCAACUGGGUCACCGACUGCUCCGAGAGCAACCUCACGGAGAUCCCCUACGAUGAGAUCAGCAACAGCGUCUAUAUCCUCGACCUCAACGGCAAUAACAUCACGGAGCUGAAACCAUUCCCCAGUGACAUUAAGAUGAGGAGGCUCCAGAUCGCCAACAACAUGCUGACGCGGGUGGAGCGGCAAGGGUUCACCGGAUUGGAUUAUCUGAUCGAUGUCGACUUGUCCGGGAAUAAUAUUUCGUACGUGGAUCCUGAAGCAUUUUUGGACUCACGUGGCCUGCUCAACGUGGAGCUCCAGGACAACCCCAUCACCGCGGUGAGCGGCCCCUUCCUCGUGUCCGGCACCCUGCAGUACCUGGACAUCAGCUCCUGCAACUUGUCCGACAUCAACCCGCAGUUCUUCGACAACAUCACAUCACUCACUUCAGUGGACUUGUCCUACAACCCUCUGAAAACAAUAGAGGCCGGACCGUUCGAUAUCCUGACCAGCCUGGAAACUUUGAAACUAAACAACUGCAAAAUAACCUCCAUAUCAAACUAUGCGUUUUCCGCGUUGAUCAAUUUGAAAAACUUGGAGCUAGCAGGAAACUACCUGGCCGGCACUGAAUGGCCGGAAGUGCUCGGCAAUCUUGUCAGGCUCGAGUACUUGAACUUGAGGAAAUCGGGUAUCAAGAACCUAUCUGAGGACACGUUCUCUAAUUGCACAAACCUGGUGACGCUAGUGUUGGCGGACAAUGAGUUGCGCCAGCUGGACGUCGCGGCGACACUGGGCAGCAGCGUCGUGCAUCUAGAACUGCUGGACCUGUCUAAUUGUAAUAUCCAAGGGCCUAUAUCAGGGGAAGCGUUUGCAAAUGCAACUCGGUUGAAAAGCCUUUAUCUCUCUGGAAACCCACUGUUUGCUUCAGACCUAUCAGAAGCCAUUGAGCCUUUGCCGAAGCUAGAGAAAUUGUUCCUGAGCAAUUGCGGACUUCGAAGCGUUCCAGAUAAUUUUAAUGUCUUUGACAACCUGCAGGAGCUAGAUAUCUCACACAACCCCCUUGUCAACGUAUUUGCCCGUCUUCUGGCACCUCUGGAUAAAUUGGAGUAUCUGAAUAUGGGAUACAGUAACUUAUCUUUUAUCGGUCCAGACAGUUUCUCCAAAAUGACGUCAAUGAAGAGACUGGUACUUUCUGGAAACGACCUCUUGUCCCUGGAAGCCGGUUUAUUUGGGAACUUGACACAAUUAACUACACUGGAACUGGAAUUCUGCGGACUGAAGCGACCGUUAAACGCCAAUGCAUUUUUCAAAAACUUGACAUACAUGGAUUUGCGUGAAAUUCGUCUCGGAGGAAAUCCAUUGGUGAUACCGGAAUCUGGACCGUUAUUCCCUAAACAACUAUCCCAAGUGACAAACUUAGACCUGAGUAACUGCAACAUUACAAAAUUAAACCCAGACGCCUUCAAGAAUACUGAGAACAUCACAGAAAUAAGUCUGGCUGGAAACAAACUAAAAUCAGAAGAAGGAAGCUUAGCGUUCUUGGAAUCACUAAAGCAGCUGGAGAAAAUAAACCUGAGUAGUAACAACUUAACAACGAUAGAUCCACAAGUAUUCGUACACAAUCCCAAACUGCAUUCUCUGAACCUUGUUGGAAACCCAUUCAUCUGUGAUUGCAAGAUUGCUGAGAUGUGGGACUGGGCUAACAUGGUAAAGGGCGAUCUGGACGUACUGGUUGGCGCCAAGAGUGCCGAGAAAGACAUCGUUGUGAAAGGUAACAAGAAAAAGAAGAACUUGUACUGCCGUUACAAUGAACUUCGUAAUUUGACCAUAAAUGCAAAUAGAACGGUACCAGGUCGACGACCAUUCAUCAAGCCAAGAGAGCUAACCUAUGCUAACAGAACUUGGGCCAAAUAUGUCCGGGAAUCUGGCUGCGAACCCGUAGUCAAGAUUCUUAGACCAGUCGCUUUGAUGGCAGAUUUAUUCAACGCCCAGUCCACGUUCGCAAACUCUCCUACGGCUAUAGUUCUUGGGAUUUUAGCUUUAGUAAUAGGGUUAGCAAUAAUCAUUUUGACAAUCCGAAUGAUAUUGAAAAAGCCACCAACAGUUUGUGAUGAUACAGAGAACAAUAGGAAGCAAAGAUAGCAUAUUUAAUUACACAAGUAGGUAAGAAUUUAUACUGACAGACAGGAGAGAAUACGUAUAUACGUAUUAUAGAGACUGCAGGGGCAUUUUUUGUAAUAUUGUAAACUGAUAAAAAAAAAAACAAAGCGAAGUACAAAAUGCGCUAAGAUUUUACUGGUUAGAUAUCUGUUAUCACGAAAUCUAAUAAGUUAUUCUGAAAUACCUAGAUGUAGUUUUGAAACAGUAUCUUAUUUGAGUCGCUAGGGCAGCAUGGCUAUAAGUAAGUGUAUUUCUGUGAAAGUGUAAUUAUGAUUAAUAUUUGUACCCUACUAGUCACGUCUAUAGAAAAUGUAUUAUCAUGUGAAUUUGAUCGAGCAGUAAAAUCAAAGCCUAUGUUCUAUCAUAGAUUUAAUAAGUGAAACCUAUAAAUGUGCAUUUUACACAGUA